AUGAAGUUCACCACUGUCACUGCGAUCUUCGCCAUUGCCCUACCCAUGGCAGCUGACAUCAAAAAAAAUUUUGUGCUCCACCUCCGAUCACUGGACUUCCCCAACCUAAGGAGCCCCUGGUUCCCAACGCUGCGGAUCUUCAGACUCGCGAAGUUGCGAAGCCUCAGUCUCCCGGAUGUAAACUCCAACCUAGUAUCUGUCAUUACUAGUGUCGCGCCUGAAUCCAAGACAUGCAGCCCCUCUCAGUACGGACAACCCGAGUUCGCAAACGAAUGCGCAACUGCUGCUGAUGCAGCUCCCCAAAUCGAGAAAUCCUUCAAGACCUAUCAAAUCGACAAUUCCUACGAGAAAGCCGCAAUCAUUGCACUCAUGCUCUUUGAGUCCGAAAAGUUCAAAUUUAACAAGAAACACUUCCCAACACUAGUGCCUGGUCAAGGUACACGCAGCAUGCAGGACGUCAAUAACAACAGGGCGUACGCAGAGGCUGUGCUCACUACUGACGAUGCAAAAAAUCAGCUCAAGAAUGCGGGUACAGACGUAGUCAAGGUUCUGGAACUCGUCAAUACCCCCGAGCUGAGCUUUGGCAGCGGGGCGUGGUACUUGGCAGCAAAGUGCUCUGAUGACGUCAGAAAGGAGUUGCAAACCGGCACCAAUGCGGGCUGGGAAGGCUACAUGAAGGCUGUUUUGAAAAAGGACGCCACGCCGGACGCCAUCAAAGCUCGCCGCCCACUGUGGGAAAAAACGAAAGCCUUCGUUGGAAAGGGUCUUUGAGCGACCGCCAGAACUAACUCAGCUUAACGUCCAAUCUGCUGCCACGCGGACGUAGUGAUACGAAUACUAUCACAAUUCGUGGUUGCAAAGGUUCUGCGUCGUGCAGCAUGCGUCAAUUCCAUAGUCAAUAGAUAUCAGACCCGUGGUUAGAUAGGUCUAGUACUUGUACAACACGCAUUUCC